UUGUCACUGAAUCUCUAUCUAAGGGGUCUGACCACUACAGUGAUGGACGUUAACAUUAUCCCAUACGAGAUCGUCAAGGCUUCCAUCGCUACUGCCAAAUCAGCUGGAAAACUCGAAACUGGCGAAUACAAUACCAAUGCGCAUUCCUACGAAUCCAUCCAAUCUGUUAUCCCGCGAUCCCCAGACAGCAUACUCAUCCAUCGCAUGCCCGAUAUGACUGUCGAGCAUCUGACAAAUUGGGUGGACCUAAUCAUGACUACUCGACGCGAAGACCCCGCAAACGUACAUGUAUUCCACCUUCCUCCAGUCUUAGUAUCCGAGAUCCUUGCAGCAGCCAAUGUAUGGGUGUUCAGGAAACGAGAACCACCAGAAAUGGACGAGCUCGUUUCUAUGUUCCCGCGCUUCACCGUAGCUGGUAUCCCCACCUCGUCCGUGUUCGCGGCCAAGGAGUACUUUCUCCGGCUCGACUUUUGUAGUGCCAAAGAUAGCGAGGCAUCAAAUUCAAGUGUGGAUGACGUAGCUGGGAUAAACGAGAUGCUCUACAAAUCCCGUAGGGCGUGUCGAGCGCUGGCAGAUGAGCUCGAGAGGCGGAAAGGUCAGCCGGUGAACUUGUUUCUCCUCCCGUUCAAUCACGAUAUCGAUCCUGCGCGUGAAUACCGCGUGUUUGUCCCGCCAUCUGAGUCUGUCUUGCUCGUUUCUGCUAUAUCGCAGUACAGAUGGCACAAGCCGUUUUACGAGACAGAUCGGAGUGCUGCGAUGUGUCGUGCUAGAGAGGUGUAUGAAGGGGCUAUACAGAUAUCGGAAGCGAUUUUUGAGCAUGCUGAGACACUGCCCCAGCAAUGGGGAGGUGCAGCUUAUGGAGAUCAACCCCUUUGGUGCUAUGAGCGGCUGUGGAACGAGCUUGUUCCAUUGGAUCAGAGACGCGAAAUUGUUGUACGGAGAAUGUAG